CCCGCUGCCCUCUUUUAAUUCCAUUCUUCCCACCCCACCGUCCAUCCCUCUCAUCCCUUUCCAACCCCAUUCCUCGACCAGAACGGCUUUCGACUUGCCGCCCGCUGUCGCUCGCAGACAGACAGAGAGUUAGAGGGAGAGAGAGAGAGGAGGGCCACCAUACUGAUACACGUAAACGCACCAAGCGCAGAUCCCACCCGACACACCAAACGCCAAAUCGAGUCCAAAAGCCCGCACUCGCCGGGGCGCGACGGUCUCCGACUGGCAAACGCUGCGAACAUACCAAAAUAAAAAUAAAAAACAAGGGGCUGAUUGGCACUUGCACACCAACACGCGAUCAAGGUACCACGAGUCCACAACACAAACCCGCCCGGCCCAGUCAACCAGUCUACCUACACGACUAGUCAAGGUACACACUACAGAGUACGGAUAACACUCCCACGAGCUUGGCCCAAAUCGAGAACAAGCGAGCAAACAGAGCAAGUGAGAAGUGACCCAGCGACUCGAGACCCAGAGCGAGCUAGAAACCACACCAGAGGACGGUAUCGACGCCACACGACGCCUCGUCUCCCUCGCCGUCUACUCCGCCGACCGCCAGGAGAGCCAGUUGGAGUUGGGUCUGGCCUACUUGCUGCUGUGGCCCGGAGCGGUUUUUCUGCCUCGUUUACCCACGCCGCCCGCUUCCUUUUUGGGAUUCUGCUAGUCGCUGCCCUUCAUUUCACGCCGUCAACCGACAACCAACGCUCGCCCGUACCUCUCUCUACUCCUCUCCCGACAGCCUUUCUUGGCUUCUGGCUGCCCCUACAACACACUACUCCCGUCGUUCGUCUCCCAACGACGCACCUCGCUCGCCUUUCCUCUCCUUCGACUCGACAUUCAUUGUUGUUGUUGUUCUUCCCCUUCUACCCGCCUUCCAUCCAUUCUUCUUCCGAUUCCUCACUCCUUCGACUUUCCCAACCUUUUGUCUCUUUCUUCUUUACCCCUACCGACAGACAUAGUCAUUUCGCUGCCGUCUUCGAUUCGCUUCGUCAUAACAGCCAUUCCGACUCUUCAAUUGCUCUUCUUCCUACUUUCCCUGGAAAAGAGGCUGCCUUGCUGGACAACCCUCUGAACCGAACCAUUCGUCGGCGAGAUUCCGAACACAAACCCUUUCAUCCACCCAACCAUUGCUGACAGCCUUCCUUCGCUGCCACUCAGCCUGCUACGUUCCAACCUCAUCAGCACAACGGCCAGCGCACACGCUACCUGACGCACUGAAUCACUCGGCAUAGCCAUCACAACAACAUCCCACGGCACCCUUAUCUCUAUUUUUGGCCGACGGCCCAACCACCAGUCACUCUUUUUCUUUCUUCCCAGUGUCGAGGAAUCGCAUUCCAGCCACGACAGCCACCUCGCAGCAUUCGGAUUACGUAUUCACCGUUGGACUCGCACCGUUCCGCUUACCCCCCUCACCUGCCGAGAUUCGUUCGCUUCGACUGCCUGUCUCUCGACGACGUCUUGAGGUCGAUCGACCCAUUUCCUCAUCUCCGUCCUCUUUCGAGACCGACUCUCGACACUUGCCCCCAGGCAACUAAUCGCUAUCCGACAAAUCCCGACAUCUUUCUCUAUGCCAUCCUACGGUUCUCUUCAUUCACCGUCAUUGCGCAAAAUGGAACAAUCAAGGGUUCAGUACGGGAGGAAGGGCAUUAAUCUGGGGAACAUCAUCGGUGAUCCCUUCGCCCUAGCCACAGUCUCCAUCUCCAUGCUUGCAUGGAUAAUCGCAUUUAUCAGCGCCAUCAUCGCGACGACCCAAGUCACAGAUAAUACCGGCUCUUUCCCCCCCUUUACAUGGUGGACCAUUGUCUACAUGCUGUUCCUCAUCGCCGGCGUCUUCGUCGUCGUCGCUUCCGACACGGCGCAGACCUACCACGUCGCCCUCACGGGGUACUUGGGUGCCGCCCUGGCCCUCAACUCGCUCACCAUCCACUCCCUCAUCUACUCGCCCAUCGGCGCCCGCCAGUCUGCUGGUGCCGGCUUCAUCCUGAUGGCCAUGGUUACCAUUGUUUGGAUCUUUUACUUCGGCUCCGCCCCGUCAGCGAAGCCGCGCGCCUACCUCGACUCCUUCGCCCUGCAGAAGGAAUCCGGCAACCGACAAAUGAUGUACGCCGGCGGCCGCCCCGAAACCUCGACCUCAGUGCAGCCCCCCCAGAUGUACACGUCGGCGCAGCUCAACGGCUUCGAGAACCCGUCUCCCGUCCAGGGCAUCCCCACCACCCAGACCCGCAGCUCAGGCGUGCCGCCCACAUUCAACGCGGCGCCGCCUGCCGCGAAGCCCCCCGGCCAAGACCAGGAGGUGGUGCCGCCUACCGAGUAUCCCUACCGCGCGAAGGCCAUCUACAGCUACGAGGCCAACCCUGACGAUGCGAACGAGAUCUCCUUCUCCAAGCACGAAAUUCUGGAGGUUAGCGACGUGAGCGGACGGUGGUGGCAGGCGCGCAAGGAGACGGGCGAGACAGGCAUCGCGCCAAGCAACUACCUGAUCCUGUUAUAAUGAGCUCACGAAUUUCGUUUCGCCGUUGGAGAUGGGAGCAAAAAGAAGACGACCAUAUGGGAAAUGGGAAUGGUUUCGCGCUCACUGCUUGUUGGAGUACAUUAGGGUCUCUUGUCCGGGAUAAAACCAAUGGCCGCCUUUUGGAGUCACGGGUCGGCACCACGUAUAUCCGCCGAAACGGCCUCUUUUUCUUCUACCUGUUGUUUCUACUUCUACUCGCCCACCCCCGCGUGCAGGCCCUCCCUCUAUUACUGUUAGUGUAUGUUGCCAUGAUUGCUAAAACCGAGGGGUUAUAGUGGGCAUGCCGUUUCCCCUUUUUUUCAUUUUUACGUUUGUUUUUUCAGGGCGGUUUUCACGAGCAACGGGUCGGUCAUUCGGAUAGCCACGAUGGCUCGCAAGUGGGAUACACAUGCAUAUCUGUAUUCCCUUGCUGUUUUAUAAAUGGCAUUUCACAUACUGGAGAGAAGCGGGUGUCUGCGUGAUUGUAUCGGUGAGACUAAGUAGGCUCCAAGUGUUUCGAAUGGCUAGGUUGUCAGGUUCAGGCGGUGACGGCUGUGAAAGUCUCGACAUAACAAUGCUCUUAAAAACGGCCCUUCAUGCUUAGUGUACUCCGUUCAAUCAUCCUCGUUUCGCUUGGCACAUGUAGGCUCCGUGACAUUCCAUAUAUUCCGUCUCCUUGACAACCUCCAUCAGGCCGUCAACUCUACCAACACGGCCGCCUCAUCUCGAGUGACGGGCGUGCUCUCAGCAACAGCCCGUCGCCCUCGGCGCACAGAGUUGUCUUCAUCCGCCGAGAUCCUAUCUCCGACUUCUUCCAUUGGGUAUCAUAACAACGUUCCUUUCGCCUCUCGCCCUACUUGAAGCGCGAGCAAAGCCUCGGGGCCCGGGAUAAUAUCGCCCGUGACAUUGUCCACGCCAGCUUGUACACGCCCAUUCUUCCCCUAUGCCUUGUCCAGCCUCUUUCUCAGUUCCCGCUCCUUGGUCAGGACCUCCAGCUCGAGCCUCUCGACGCUAUACUCCAGCCCUUCCCUCCUCUGCCUCACGGCCCUCGCUCUCAAGGCCCUCUCCCCACCCAGCGGCUUUCUUUUCGCGUCCCCCCUGCUAUUCUUGUACUUCUUGGUGGCGCCGCCGCCGCCGCCGCCGUUAUUUUCGUCGUCGUCGUCAGCCUCGGGCCGGGCCAGGCGGCCCUGAAGCAGUUCGCAACGGGCCUGGAGGGUCUCGAUGCGCCUCUCGCGGCGGGCGAUCUGGGCGUCGGCGCGGUCAAGGAGCAGGGCGAUCUGGGGCCCGAUCUCGUCGCGCAGGGAGGCCUCGGCGGCGGCGAGGGUGGGCUGGGGGAUCAGCUCGAAGUGACGGGUCGGGCGGAGGACGGAGGCGACGCGGGGAAGGUCGGAGACGCCGGCGUCGAGGGCGGCGACGGAGGAGGAGAGGAAGUCGAGGGAGGAGCGGAGGGAGGCGACGCAGUCUGCGUAGGUUGCUCCGUUGUGGGCCAUUUUGGUUGUGGUUGUGAUUGUAGUUGUGUUGGUGUUGGUGUUGGCGGCUUUUCGUCUAUGUUGUUUGUUUACUUUGGGGGGUUCAACGACUGCGUGUGUGGUGGGGGGAUGGUAAGAUGGUUGGAUUGGGGAGUUUAGCCCCGCCGGUCGGGAGAUAGGAGAUGAGUGGUCUGUAAGGAAUCGCUUCGUUGACGUCGUUAAAGAUUGCGGUAGUUGGGACGGAGAGGGGGAAGUCGCGCUGCGGUGAGGCUCUGGUUUCGUGGGUCUCGGGUUGUUUGGUUGGGAAGGGAGAGGGUUUUG